CGCGGCUAGGUAGCUUGCAGUAAUGCAAGAUGGUGUUGGGGGCCAGUGGAAUUUGGGCAAUAACUUGAACCACCAGAGCUUCAUUCCUAGCAACACCAAGAAAUCAAAGUCUCAAACACUGCCAGUAUCAACUCUGUCUCGUGGUGCCUGUCUGGAUAGCCCGAGUUCUACAUAGGUCAGGUGGUACUGAGAAAGGCACGCAGGGACUGCGACAAAGAUGGUGGUAUGGAAUGGUCUGGGGCAGGCUGCCACCCUCGCUCAGCUGGCUGGAGUUGAUGCUGGUGGGCUCAUCUCGAUGAUCAUCCACUCUGCGCAAACCGUUAAACAGAACAAGGAGGAGUGCCGGCAGCUUGUGCAAGACGUCAUGGUGAUCAGUGCUCUCGUGCAGGAGUUCCAGCGACUACACAGAUGAUGCGAUUCCCGGUGAUCAGGGCAGUACUUGGCGGAUUGCAGGAUACCCUUCGGCAGGUCCACGAGCUAGUCACGUCGAGCCAGAAGAGAAACAUCAUGUACAGCUUCUGCAUGGCUGGAAAUCAGGCUCAAAAGUUCCGUGAUGUCCGGGAUAGAAUCAAAUUGUAUCUCGAGCUCUACCCUAUGAUUAGCCACAUCCACAUCACAUACCUCUCAUGUGGACUUUACAGUCGCCUCGAUCCUUCAGGCAACCAACCCCAGGCUUUGGAAGAGGUGCUGGAGUCAUUUGCAAGUCAUCCCAACCCUGAUUCUACGUCUGCCGUCAACAGCGAGAUAACAAUUUCUGCAACAGGAAGCGGGGUGCCCUGCGCUCCCCUAUCGGGAAUAGCAGAAUUUACUUUUUGUCCACGUUGGUGGCCACUACACAACACUUUCCAAAGGAAAGCAUCACUGAAGGAGGUGGCCAUUCUCAAGUCACAAUGCUAAAGAUUGUGAUCAAGAUUGAGAUGACCUGCGAUAAAUCCCGGGGCAGAGCUAUGAGCUUAGCCUCCAGUUUAUAUGGACUGACAUCGGUGGCGCUAACAGGGGACGGGAAGGACAUGCUGGAGAUAAUCGGCCUUGGCAUGGACCCCGUCUGCCUUGUGCGUUGCAUGCGCAAAAAGGUGGGCCACGCGCAAAUCCUGAAAGUGGAGGAGGUCAAGGACAAAGAGUCACAGCCGGUGGUGGUGAACACCGAAGAGGCGCGGCCGGCAGACAAGCCAGCCAACAGGCGGCGGCGUGCCCGCAGCACAGGUGGAUUCCGGGCUAUUCUUACCAAACUAUCUAAAUUCAUGUGGCCGCGCGCACGCAGGAGUGUUUCUCCUCCACCACCGUCGCCCCUGCGCGUGGAGCACACGGACAACCCGGCGCCGGCUGCAUCGGGAGGCCCGAGCUCCCAUCUCUUCUCUGUGCCGUCGACGUCCACUGCCUUCAGCGCGGCCUCACCACCGGCCUGCACCCAAGAGCAGCUGGCGCGCAACCCAUCGGCUUUUGCACAACGGCAGGACCUCUCCAGGGCGGCGGAUCUCCCGCCGGUGAGGGUGGCCCAGGCGCGACGCAGACGACGCACCUUCAACAUCAUGUCCUCCAGGGUUCGCCUGGGCGCCCGGCCGGCUGCGGCGCCCCGCCAACAGACGACGACACAACAGGCGCAGGGCAAUGUGUCAUCAAGCAACGCCAGGGGGACUGAUGACGAGCUUGCUGCAGUGGAAGCUGGGUGUGUUCUCGAAGACUACGUGGCCAUGUUCGACGGCCCGAUGCCUCCGGCGGUGAUCGCGGCGCUCGCGGGGGCCGUGUUCCACCUCGACGACGAAGAUGGCAUCCCCAUGGGCAAUGCGUGAUGUACCAAAUUAUGUAUAUUUUCCAGGAGCGAGAACCUAAUUAAUACUGUGCCUAGCUGGUCCGAACCGUCGCCGGUAUUAACUAUCGCUCCCAGUAACCAUAUCAUUAACUAUCGCUAAUGAUGGGUUUGGAUGGGUUUGGAGCGAUAGUUAGCAAACCCAUCCAAACGUUUGGAUGGGCCGGGUUUGCUAACUUUCACUCCCAGUAUUAGUAGAAUAAUAGCUAGUACUUCAGUGGUCUAAAGACUGGAUCCAGUUGUGCUAUUGAUAUCGUGCAGUGUCCUUUGAUCCUACUACUACUACUACAUGCUGUUGUGGUAUUA